CAGUCAAGCAGCGCAUCUUUGCAAUUGUUCCCGGAGACUACUUUCCAUACUGACAGCUACCCUCUCACUCUUUUUGUGAGACACCCCCUUUCACUCUCCCUACCGCAGCCCCUCGGGGCAUCCGUCCAGGCUGCUGCUGCCGCAAUCGCGAACCCGUCAGCAGCAGCAACAAUCACUCAAAGACCACCUCUGCAAUGGCUCCUCCUCGACGGAACCUCCUCCCCAAAGACCGAUUUGCACACGCAUUCGGGGGUCUCAAAACGCAAAACUAUCAUGACCCUGCUUCUCGCGGACCAGGUUCUCAUACAAUUCGCACAAUAGCAUGGAAUCCCACCGGCCAGCUCGUCGCCACCGGCUCCGCAGACCGUACCCUCCGAAUCUGGAACCCCGAGCGCUCGCAGGUCAAAUACUCGACCGAACUGCGCGGCCAUACAGCCGGCAUCGAGAAAGUCGUAUUCAACCCCGUUCGAGACUCGGAAUUAGCCAGCUGCUCGACAGAUGGCACCGUUCGUCUCUGGGAUGUCCGGUCGAAGACCUGCGUGAGCCGUCUCGACGUUGGAGGCGAGGCAUUCACCCUGUCCUGGUCUGCUGAUGGUAGCGUCAUGGUCGUCGGUAGAAAGGAUGACACCCUCAUCCCCAUCUCCGUCGAAUCCCCAUCCACCCCAACCAUCCUAUCCGACGGAACAACAACAACAACAUCCAUAACGCAACAAAAGCCCACCCUCACCCCAUCAUCAACAACCUACAAAGCCCUAGAACCACACCCCCAACCCAUCCAAACCAACGCAACCACCUUCUCCCACCACGUCUCCACCCCUUCCUCCCCAGACCUCCACCUCUUCGCCACCACCGGCGAAGGCACCGUCAAACUCAUCUCCUACCCAUCCUUCGACGUCCUCCACACCCUCCACGCCCACACAUCCGCCUGCCUUUCCAUCUCCCUCGCUCCUACGGGCCGCUACCUCGCCGUGGGCGGUAGCGACGCCCUCAUCUCCCUCUGGGACACAACAGACUGGAUCUGCAAACGCACAGUAUCGAGUAAUAACGGUGGGGCUGUACGCGGCGUGAGCUGGAGUUUCGAUGGGAGAUUCAUCUGCGGUGCGUGCGAUGAGUCAGGUUGCGGUGGUAAUGGGUUGGAGAUUUUCCAUGCUGAAACGGGGGAAAGUGUUUAUACGGUGCCGACGGGUGGGAAUGUCAAUUCGGGGAUUCCGGCUGUUGCGUGGCAUCCGUCGAGGUAUUGGUUGGCGUAUUCUACGUCUGCGGAUGGGUCGGGGCCGGGGGGUUUGAAAAUUGUGGGGGCUGCUGGGGGUGGGGGGUUGUAG